AUGGAUAAGGCGGAAUCGUCAACACGGAAUGGAAAGAGAGCUGACGACAGGAAGUGUCUUGGUGAUCACGAUCCAUACCGUAACAAUGUUACAGGGGGCGAUCCAGCGUUUUCCGGUGCUGCUGGGGGCGAUUUGAACCGUAACAGUGUUACAGGGGGAGACCCAGCGUUUUUCGGUGUUGCUGGGGGCGAUUCGAACCGUAACAGUGUUACAGGGGGAGACCCAGCGUUUUUCGGUGUUGCUGGGGGUGAUCCUACCUGCACAGACAGAAGUCGAUGGGAGAAGGCGAUGAUUUUAUUCACUACGUUGAAGGAUAAGAUCGCUAAGACUCCAAUUUUCGAACAUUUUGAUCCGGAUCGCCCUCCAGUGAUCGUAGUCUAUACUAGCAAAUGGGCAGUAUCUGCAGCUUUGCUACAGGACACGAUGGAGCAUACUGGCCUGUAA